AUGGCGGCGUCCGUCGACGGGAAGAAGAGGGCGUGGGUGGCCGACCUGGAGAGAGGCCUCGCAGGCGGCGGCGGCGCCGACGCGCGCACGGAGUUCGCGCUGUGGGCGAGGCACUCCGUCCACCGCGUGCCGGCCGCCGUCAGGGAGCUGCACCCGCACGCGUACCGGCCGCAGGUGGUGUCGCUGGGCCCCUUCCACCACGGCGACGAGCGCCUGCUGCCCAUGGAGCGGCACAAGCGCCGCGCCGUCGCGCACCUCCUGCGGCGGUCGGGAAGGACGGCGGGGGAGCUCGUCCCGGCCGUGGAGGCCGUGGCGCCGCAGCUGGAGGACGCGUACCAGGACCUCGGCGACGAGUGGCGGGGUGAGCAGAACAGGGAGAGGUUCUUGGAGGUGAUGGUCACCGACGGGUGCUUCCUGCUGGAGAUGAUGAGGACGGCGAAGCGCGGCGGCGGCGGCAUGCCGGACGAAGCGAGCAGCGUCUACGCGCCCAAUGACCCUGUAUUCGGCCGCCAUGGCGCGUUGUACGUGGUGCCGUACGUCCGCCGCGACAUGCUCAUCGUCGAGAACCAACUGCCCCUCCUCCUCCUUCACAAGCUCGUCGCCGUCGAGAGCGGCAGAGUCCCCGACGACAUGGGACAAGUGGAAUAUCAAGUCAACAAGAUGGUACUGAGGUUUAUCUCGCCGUCGUGCAACUCGCCGCCGCCGGCGAAGGAACGCAGCGAGCUCCACCCGCUCGACCUCUUCCGCAGGAGCCUUCUCAGUGGCCCCUACCAGCGAACACGCGCCGCCGCCGCGAGGGAUGCGGACGGCCACGACGAGGAUGCCAGCGACAUCAUCCGGUCGGCCACGGAGCUCUACGAGGCGGGAGUCCAGUUCAGGAGGAGCAAGACGACAAGCCUCCACGACGUCGCCUUCCGCCGCGGCGUCCUCAGCCUCCCGCUCCUCGUCGUCGACGACUCCACCGAGUACACGCUCCUCAACCUGAUGGCAUUCGAGCGGCUCCACGCCGGCGCCGGCAACGACGUGACGUCCUACGUCUUCUUCAUGGACAACCUCAUCGACUCGGCCCGCGACGUGGCGCUGCUCACCUCGAAGGGGAUCAUACAGAACGCCGUCGGCAGCGACAAGGCGGUGGCGGCGCUGUUCAACGGCCUCUCCAGGGACGUCCCGCUGGGCACCGGCGGCGAGCUCGACGCCGUCCAGAGGGCGGUGAACACGUACUGCCGGAAGCCGUGCCACGUGUGGCGCGCCAACCUGGUGCACACCUACUUCCGGAGCCCCUGGGCGUUCAUGUCCCUCGCCGCCGCCGUCUUCCUCCUCGCCCUGACCGUCACGCAGACCGUCUACACCGUCCUGCCGUUCUACAAGGGCGGCAGUGGCGCCGGCGGCACUUCGCCGUCGUCGUACGCUGCUCCGGCUCCACGUUGA